UUUGGCUUUGGACGCAUUUGGUGGUAAAUGAACGUAUAAGGGUGGGAGAGGCCGUUGCUGUUGCCAUCGCUGUCAACCGCAGCUAUUCCACCUAGACACUGAUCUAGGAGGGAUUCAAGGGGACCAUGGCAGCAUCAUUGGAUCCACAUGACAGGUCAAGCUGGUACUUCGGCCAGAUGUCACGUCAGGAUGCCACUGACCUGCUGAUGUCGGAGCGUGAGGGCGGCGUAUUUCUGGUGCGAGACUCCACCAGUAUCCAGGGCGACUAUGUACUGUGUGUCAGGGAGGACAACAAGGUGUCCCACUACAUCAUCAACAAGAUACAGAGAGAUGGCCAGACUAUGUUCCGGAUCGGAGACCAGCAGUUCCCCGACCUGUCCAGCCUCUUGACCUUCUAUAAGAGUCACUAUCUGGACACCACACCCCUGGUUCGGCCAGCGCCAAAGAGGAUAGAAAAGGUCGUGGCCAAGUACGACUUCGAAGGCAGGGACGCUGAGGACCUUCCGUUUAAGAAGGGUGAGGUGCUGACGGUGGUGACUAAGGACGAGGAGCAGUGGUGGACGGCGCGCAACAGUUUGGGACAGACCGGCGCCAUCCCGGUGCCCUAUGUGCAGAAGUACGAGGAGUCAGACUCCAAGCCGUCCAUGGGUGUCACCAGCGUUGGCAGCGUCAUCUCAAAGGAACUGACGGGAAAACCAAAGAUAAACCUCCAGCGUGAUCUGCCGGCGGAGGCGCGAGUGAACAAGGCGCGAGUACCCAACGCUUAUGACAAGACUGCGCUCAAAUUGGAGGUCGGCGAUAUCAUCAAGGUUACCAAAAUGAAUAUAAAUGGACAGUGGGAAGGGGAGUUGAACGGAAAGCACGGACACUUUCCGUUCACGCACGUAGAUUUCCUUCAGGAUCUGCAGGACGGCGAUGCCCGCUAGCGACAUCUACGGCCCCGCGCAGAAGACUCGUCUCGCGUCGCGGCCGUCGUGUGUCGCCUCGGUCGUGUGUUACGCUACGGCCGGCGCUACCCUGCCGGUGGCUGCGCACAGGACCGGCGCUCUGAGGGCGGUGUCCCGAGUCGGGCAGAGCGUCGGCCUCAGGAGCAGCGUCUUAUCGGAGCGUGCUCUCUUUCUCUCUCCUCGGCUGGGAGUGCUCGCCGGCCGGGAACCGCUGACGUCAUCCACGUGCGUCCAAGGGCCGGGCGCCGGCGCUGGCGAGUCCGCCGCGAUCCGCGCGUGACGUGGCGACGGCAAGCGCGAUAGACAGGGUGCUUGUACUAAUCCAGCUCUUCGCCGGCUCCACGAGAUAACAGUCCAGGCUGAGGGGUUCAGUGCACGGCACCGCGUUCGAAGUGGUGCCUUAUCGAGUUUUUAGUGUGAGCAUUUUCCCCUAGGCCAGCCAUGUACUUCUUAGAGCAAAGCCACUUGUU